AUGAAGAACACCGAGUUGAAGAUCCGCCUGUGGCCGGGCUCGCGCUCCGGUAUCACGGUGCAGCCGGAUGCAAUUGCCCCAUGUACCAUGGCCCAAGAGGCAGGCCGCAGCCGCUGGGGCUGCACCGAAUGCAAGAGGCGCCGGGUCAAAUGUGAUGAGACGUUCCCCGUGUGCGUUCGCUGUCAGAAGCGCGGCGCAGUCUGCCAGUCGGCGCCUCGGCUGCGACAAUGGCAGAUCGAGGCGCCUUGGAUCAACUCCAGGAAGGGCUCGUCGACCACGGCCUUGCGGGCUAGAGGUGGAGUCUCGGAUGAUACAGCUUUGCUGCAGUAUUGGCUGGAGCGAGCAAGUCAAAUCAUGGUCAUCGACCCUGACGACAACCCGCUCUCGUUCCCCAUCCUGGAGUACAUUGAACGAUGUCCAAGCCUCAAGCACGCUCUGCAGAGCACCAGCGCCGCUCACAAGAACUACUUUGACCCUGAAAAGCUGUCGACCUGUCUAGAGGAGCGCAACUGGGCGAUAAGACUCAUCAUAGGCGAACUUACUUGCCCGGGAGACAAUAUCUUCCCCGUCUUUCUCAGCGUGCUCCUCCUGGGACUCUCGGCCGCCUGGACUGACGGACCCACCUCGAAAUGCGGCCAGGAGCAUCUGCGUGGCGCGCGAGCACUGGUAGACAUGCUUCUAUCCAGUUCCUCGGCUCAAGAGAAUAGGCCACCAUACUUUGGCUUCAUGAUUGGCGCCUAUCUAUACUGGGAAAUGGCCACAGCAUUCCUUGUUCCGACCAACCGCCAGAUCCCCAUCAAUACCCACGAGAUAGUCUCGGCUGUCUUGGAGAUUGGUGACCAAUACCAUCCCAUUGCAGGUUAUUCGACAGAGAUAUUUUACUACAUCGGUAACCUGGGUCGGUAUUGCCGGUCCGUUAUCGAGACCGGGAUCCGUGACGACAUCUUGGAAGCUCUUUUGGAGGAGCAAAUGACGAAAUGGGAACCAAAUUGCGACGUCCCCGAACUCAAAGCAUUGAGUGAUGCCUAUAGACACCAUGGCUUGAUCAACCUAGCAGCCAUUUGUUAUCGCCGAGAUGUCAAGGAGACGGCACUCGAAACCACAUCGCCGUCACUAUCCGACAUGUUGCCAUUCCUGGAAGACAUUUCACCAUUACUUGACGACAUAUCACUAGUACAAGAAGACGCAACAUCGCUCGAUUUUGAUCCACCACAAAACCUCGAAGUGGGAGAAGAUAAUGUCGUCGGUGGUGAUUUGGAGACAACCAUCAGAAAUCGCGCUCUGAUAAUUGUUCGAUCUCUCACAGCCAUCCCAUCCAGCCACGCCUCAACCAACCUCCAAGCAAUACCGCUCUUGACGGCAGGAUCAGAGCUGUUGGCAGAGGAUACGCAUGAGCGCGAAUCAGUCCAGCGUCGGUUCAAGGACCUGUACUCGCACAACCACCUGCGGGGGAAUCUCGAUGCGCUGCAGUUGUUGGAUGAAGUGUGGGCGUUGCGCGAUGCUGGCCAGAUGGUCAACUGGCUUGAGGUUAUGUUGAACAAAGGUUGGAAUAUGAUGCUAGGAUGA